GAACCAUGCUGGGGGGUUGGGGGAGGAACUUGAAGUUCAUGUAUGCAUGUACCUAGAGUCGUAAAGUGGCUGUCCUAGAUCGUGAAGUGAACAUGCCAUGAGCCCUGCAGACACGCUUAGUCACUACGGAGUUUGAAGCCUCGACAUGACAACGGACUUGGCAGAACGGAGGGUGCCGAUGUCAAGAGAAGUCAGACAUGCCGCAAUCAAUAUGUUGGCCAUGGUCCGGCGCCGUCACCGACGAUGUUCACUUGCCACAACAGUGCGGGACCUUUCUGCUCCGUUUUCCUAUAGUGUCUCAUCAACAGCCGCUGUUCUUUCAUGUGGCGAACCGUUACCCGUUGGUCGGCACGGCGAGCUGGUUGUAGAAGGCAGGGAGCAACCUCUCCAUGGUCCGUACCCUUCUCCAGCCCGACCCAACCGGAGACCGAGAGACGUGCAUGAAGGGGGGAUAAUACCCCAGAUUGCCAGCAGCCGUCCCCAAUUCCCCACACUUCCCGAACCCCAAAACGUCUCCGUGAGCCAUCCACCAAUCCCCGGCCGGACCGUCGGCCAUGGCCUGAGCACAAAUGAAGGGCGAUAUGAAACUCGAGAUGGGAUCUGGCAAGCGUGCCACUCGCAGUGAUCGACACUCGCCCACAGCCCCGCAUCCCAUAUCCCAACGGCGACUGCUCGGCGCGGCUCACGCCUUCCGCGGAGGGUCCAACCCGAAACCUCGCGCCAGCACCGGGCCUGUCUUCCUGAUUGCGAGGCUCAUCCUCCAAGGCAUGGCAGCCUCAGGGCUAGCGCAGGGGCAGAC